CUCUCUCUCUCUCUCUCUUGGGCUCUGCAACCCUCUGGCCUCUGCAACCCUUCUUAAUCUGAUCAAACCUUCUAUAUAUCUCUGCAUUCAUUUUCCAGUACCAAAUUUCAGACACUAAUGGGGUUAGCACCACACCUAAUCCAACAUCCACUUCUUUAAACACCCCAAAAGAGCUUAAAGCUUUAAUGCUCCAACUCUUUCUUCCUCUUGUUUCAGCUUCCGGGUGUUUCCGUUUUGUCCUCCAGAAAUGUCAGGAGUCGAUUUAGAGCGAGGCGGAGCUGCUCAAACCCACCGCCUGUCCUUCUCCAGGAGUGACGUCAGCGGCGACGGGAGCGUCUGCUUCUCCGACGCGGACGACGGGUCGUGCUACUCGCAGUUCUUUUCGACCAACGGCGGGUCGUACGACGAGUACAACUUUGCCGCUUUUGUGUCUGAUCCUGCGGAGGCCGGAGUGGUCGGGGUAACGUCGUCUUCGUCGUCCUCGGAGGAGUCUAGGAGAGACUCGUCGGUUUCGGAGUGUUCGGUCCAUGUCGUGGAAAUUGAGGUUGGGGCGCCGGAAAUUAAGGUGCAUUUGGAUAGAGUAGAGAGAGAUUGUCGGAUUUGUCAUCUGGGCUUGGAAAGUAACAGCCAUGAAUCCGGAGCUCCGAUUGACUUGGGCUGUUCUUGCAAAGAUGAUCUUGGUUCGGCCCACCGGAACUGCGCUGAUGCCUGGUUCAAGAUCAAGGGAAACAAGAUCUGCGAGAUCUGCCAUUCAAUUGCCCGCAACAUUGUUGGGCCUAAUGACAUUGAGAUGAUUGAGCAGCUGAAUAAUGAAGCCGCUAGUGCCUCAGCUACUGCUGCAGUCUCAGCACCAGGGCCUUCAACAGAGACUCGAAGCUUCUGGCAUGGUCAUCGCUUCCUCAACUUCCUUCUUGCUUGUAUGGUAUUUGCUUUCGUCAUAUCAUGGCUCUUUCACUUCAAUGUUCCGUCAUGAAAUCUCAGCAAACAACUGAAAAGAGCCAACAAAAGAAGUGCAACAGAAGCUGCAUAUUUAUUUUAGGAUGAUAAGUAACGCGUAGGUUCAUGCCUUGCAGAGGUCACAUCGAUAUCUGCCUCUAGAGUGUUUGUUGUAUCAGUAUCUGCCUCCUGUUCAUAAGUUUAGAGCUUUUAUUUAGCUUUUAUCUGCCUCUUUUAUAUAUUUAGUAUUUCUCUCCGUGUUUUUUUGGGCCAAUAUUUUUGGUUUUCUUUGAACAUUACGAAACUGCUGAAUUGAAUUGUAUUACGGCAUCGCUUCCUUCAGU